AUGCUGCUGCAUGUUUUCAGACGGCAAUGGAAACAACGAAGACUGGAUUACAAGAUGUUAUUGUACCAACUCCACAAGGAUCUACAAUUUGCCUCUAGAUUCCUUAGCCGUCCGAUAUUUGAUGAGGGCGAGUGGUUGCCUACAGUGUUGAAGCCUCUUUGGGACGUGGCCGCUCCAUAUAUGCCCAUAAAUCCCGAAGAAGAACUGGAUCAUGCUAUUAUAGAAGACAAGACCGUCUCGUUUUGGUUCACAAAAAGCCGGCCGACGCUCAAGUACAAAAAGAUCCAGAAUACUGAUAGUGAGAGGCUUCCACCUCUGCCGCUGGUACAGACCUCUGCUGUGUCACUCGCGUUCCACUGCCACGGCCGGAUGAUUAGUUACUAUCUGGACAGCGAGGAGCAGCCCAAACGUGAUAGCCUAACUGACAUGGCUAAAGCCUACCUUUAUGCUCACAAAGCCCUCGCACCGGCAUCGGCGCAACUCCUAAGAUGGAAAAAUUACAAUCCACGAAUCAUGGGUGUGCCCAUUGAUGACAACUGCCGACUUUUGAAUGCGCUAGGGUACGCCAUAGACCAGUGUGAGAUAUUUUCAGCACGAGGCGUGGGGAACAAGUAUCUGAACGCGAGGAUGUGGGAUCUGAAAGUGAUUCUCCAGGGGUUUUCGUACGAAGAACCCCUUCCAUCUCAAGGGUCGGUCUGGUUUGAGGAGAUGGUACUCAGCUAUCAGUUGGGCGAAGAACUCCAGAGACCCCUGAAUGACCUCAGCCCAGCAUCCCGGUGA